UAUUGUAUGGGGUAGUGAAAUACACAUAACAAUUAUUAUUUGAAAUAAUCAGUGAGAAUAAGUAAGACCAUGGUCUCUGUAGUGAAUUCGAUGAAUAACGCGGCAGAGAAGGUAGAGAAGAAAAUGACAGACACGCUCAGCGGCAAAAAGGAAGAAGAAAACUUGGUUGAACAAACGAAGAAGAAAGUCGACGACGUCACUUUCCAACUCAAAAAUUACUUCUCACAAUCUUACGAACAAGUCAGAGAACAAACGAAAACCGCCUAUGAAAAAGUCGCUGAAACGCUCAAAUCCUCGUUCAAGUAAUAUCUUUACACCCUUUUAAAACUUUUCACUUUUUUACGAAUUUUGACUUCUUUCACCAAUAAUUUAUUUUUUUGAUAAUAUUUGACUGGUGUUGAUCAAUUCCAAUAUUUUAACCAAGUAUUUGGUUAAAUAAUGUUCUAUAAAAAUUGUA